CUUGUUGACUUGACUAAACUGGUCUGGAUUGAAAAGGGUUGCUCUUUAGUUGUGGGAGAGAUUGCUACUGGUGGGAGACAAAAGAAAUAAAUGAUCUAGUCUAUAGUCAUCACCGAAAAAUUGAUUUUCCUCUUAUAGUGGUCAAGCCAUUUGACUUGUAAAGAAUAAGAAUUUUGAAAGUUACUAGCUUAUUUUUAUUCUCAAGAAGAAGAGAUAUGAUUUUGAAAGAAAGAUUGAAGACUUCUGUUGUUCCAUGUACUUUUUUUCCCUCUUUUGAUUAUGAUGUCUUAAAAGAAUAUGUUCUUUCCCCAUUCUUUUCGCACAUGAUUGAACUUGUCGGUAUCAAACAAUUUCACGUCUUAGUUCAGUGAUGGAUAUUGCACGGCCUUUUGAUUUUCUGGAUCAGGAAUACUUUACAUGCCAUCAAGUUGGUUAUUUAUUUCAUGCCCUCAGUUAAAAAUAAAGUAAAAAUGAAUUCCAUUUUCGGUAGAGUUUCUUAGAAGUGGUUCAUGAACUUCCAAUACAUGUCAUAUUGAUGCUAGUAUAAAAGAUCGACUACAAUAUUGAAACGAGGUUUGUCCACCUUUAUCUUCUCUCUCUUGGUGUUCUUAAUAGGAGGGACAGCCCUUAAGUGUGCAUGCCGGGCACUGUGGGUUGGGAUAUCAUCAAGCGAUUAGGACAGAGGCUUACUGAAGUUACACUGUUGUGCUUAAUGGAAGUAUCAUUAAAAAGGAAUGAUGAUAUCCUAUUUGAAGUGCUCUUGCAACUGUUUUGCAUGCCAUUUCAUCCUGAACCUCGAAUUAGAGGUGGGAUUCACUUGGAAGUGAAGAAUCAUAAGUUCGUUCUUGCUUCAGACUUAUUUAAUCCCAUACACAUAUUUCAUAUAUUCCUUGCAGAGGUACUUUAUGAUCACCAAGUACUUCUUGAUUAUCUUAUCUCAAAAGACACAGGUGCCAGCUGUGCUGAAUACCUCUUGAGUAGGUCCUUGCGAAUAGUGUGUGAUUCCUGGAAUUUGUUCGUUGAAUUUCCGGAAAUGGAAGAAGCUAAAUAUCUCUUAUGUUCAAAGAGAAGACAAGUUUUAACAGGCAGUUUGGAUUCCAAGGAAGUUUUAUCCUCUCGACAUGUGGAAAAUGACGGCGCUCCUUCAUCACUUGAAACAGAAUAUAAGAAAGUCCUGCUAUCUGACAGUAAGCACUGCAGAAAUUAUAGACUGCCAUUUGUUGCUGCUAGGGAUUGUUUGGUUUCACUAAGAACAUCCAUCGAAAAUCUUUGCCAGAAGAAUCUAUUUCCAUAUAAUCCACAAGCCCUUCUGCUUCGUUUAAUGAGAUUUCAUGAGCUUUGCUUAAGCAAUAAGCAGUAGAAACUUCAUUCAAGAAUAUCAUCAUGAGGUCGCUUGUGUUUCUUGCUUCUUUGUGGUGGUCUAGAAUUAUUGUGAAACUGAGACUGGGAUUCACAUUUACAAUCCCACUGCAUUCAAAUUAUCAGAAUCCAACAAAGCAAUGGGUGGGGUAGGAUAUAAAGAAUAUGGAGGUAAGACUUAAACUUUCUGAAUGAAUCAUUGUCCUUUGCUUAACGACCAUAAAUAUUUUGUUUGGUAUAUGGAGAAUUUGGAGGUAAGACUUCAACUUUCCGAACAAAUCAUUGUCCAUUGCUUAACGACCAUAAAUAUAUUGUUUAUUGGCUUC